AGUACCUAUAAUAUAAUACGAAUAUCUCAUAAAUUAGUUAUUGUACUGGAGCUAUACAAUUGGUUCACUUCUCUAACGUACCUAUAACUGUAUUAAUCAGUUGACAUUUUUCAUAUUGGUAUUUAACUAUAGAGAAUCAACAACAUGCCAACUUUAAGCAUUACCACUAACUUACCAAAAUACAGAAUUCCAUCAACAUUUUUAGCUGAUGUAUCAACAUUAGUCAGCCAAGCACUCCAAACACCAGAACAAUACAUUGCUGUGAGAGUCAAGGCUGGACAACAGAUGUUUUGGAAUAAUAAUGAAUCACCUUGUGCACUGGGAAACAUAACCGGAACUGGAAACUUCGGAAUUGAGGAAAAUAAGCACUAUGCUUCAAUUAUAUACGAUUUCGUUGAAAAACAACUUGGCAUACCCCAAGACAGAUUUUAUUUAUCAUUCGUGGAACAAAAACCAAGUAAUGUUGGAGUCAAAGGUACUACUUUACAAGAGAUUAUUCAAUAGAUUGUCAGAUCCUCGAUGAUAAUGUGACAAUAAAAUAAUUGUUUUUUUAUGACUUUUAAAUCUAUUGUGUAAUAAUAUUAUAAUACUAAUAAAUAAUUUGUUUUCAUUCCGUA